UGAAGAUUGAAAAUUGAUUUCACGAAAUUUUAUCAAUCCUUCUCCAAUUAUGUCCUCCUCAUCAAAUACUAAGAAUAAAGCUUCGAAGGAUAAAGUUAGUAUGCUUAAACUAGCUAAAUCCAAUCAGGUCAGUAAUGAUCUACAAGGAUUCAAAAUAAGUUUGAAUGAAGUUAUCCAUGAUUACGAUCCAAAAAUAAAAGUGAUAUACCAAGAUGCAUUGUUAAGUAAGACAAGGCUACCCAAAGAUGACGAGAGAAUACACUGCCCUGUUAUAAUAGUAGUUUUGGAAUCGGCACAGAAGCAAGUGAUGAAAGCAAUACUUUGGAAGCAUUAUCCCUUGAUCGGAGAAGCUUUAUCCACUUUUUUGUCAUUCAGCGAGAAGUAUUUAACUAUUAACAGUUUGAAAUUUGAAGACACUUGCUUUGAAGAGGCCGAUACUAAGCUAUUAACUGUAUUCCUAAAGGCAAAUCCUAACGUGACUGAUUUGAAUAUGAACGGAAACAAGUACAAUAAGAAUUUCAAAUACCUGAUCACAGAAACUAAACUGAAAUAUCUCAGCUUGAAAUUUUGUUCGAUAAACCACGAAAAUUUGGCAGAGUUUAUAGAGCCAUUGAAGAAUGCUUACAAGAUACCGUUAGUCCAUUUGAAUUUAUCUAACAAUAAUAUUGGAGAUGCUGGUGCCAGCGUCUUGGCAGACGUGCUGAGAGUUAACAGAAUCUUGAUUUCUUUAAACGUUGCGGCUAACAACAUCACAGAUGAAGGGGCCAAGCAUAUUUUGAGAUCGUUGCGUUUGUUUUCAUUGAAUCAGGAUGAAAUCAGUAUAAGAAGGAAGAUUUAUUAUCAAUACUAUAUGCAUAAACACCAAGAGGUCGCAGCGUAUUCAUCUAAUACUACUUACGAAGAAGACGACAAAAUCUCGUUGUCGAGGUCGUCGACCUUUUCAGCAACUAGGAUGAGAAGUAAAACUAGAUCGACGAAGAAAAGUAGGAAAUCCAGCAAGUCCGUAGCUUCACUCAGUGAACUGUCCACCAGGUCGUUCAACACACCCAGAGAGAUCUCUUCGGCCCCUGCCAAACCCACCUCCCCUGUCGUUCCCCAGGCCGACUCCGCCGACCUCAUAGCCACCCUGGACUUCCAAUCGGCCUUCCAUCCCUUCGUGAAGGAGACCACUCCCAAUGGGUACCAGUUCUUCUGCAGGGGCAACUUCGUCCUGGCACGUCUCAACUUCAGCUUCAACCAUCUCACCACUGAUGUUCUGAAGGAUAUACACGAAAUACUUCAAUACCAGAAAUCUACCGGUUCCAUAGAGGAAGGCUUGAGAUCCAUAUCGAUUUAUGGUAAUAAUAUGAAAUCGGAAGAGACUGAGAAACUUGAAAAGGACCUCGCAGACAUACUCUUGUUGAAGAUCGGCAGGACCGCUUCAACUGUCACGAUAUCUUCGAAAGAUAUAGCGAGUAAAAAGAAGAGAGCUUCCAGGUGAAACGAGAAAUGAUGAAGAGAUAUAUUUUCAAUAUUAGAAGUUUUAUCACAAGGGUUUUAUAUAAUUUUA